UGGUUGAAGGGUUAAGUUAAGUACUCGUUAUAGUUAUAUUGGCCAGAUCCGCUAUUCUCGUCCGGCUCCCCAUUCCUAACAAAUCUUUCAUUGGAAACAUCUCAUCAGCAAACUUUAAACCAUGACCACCAUCCUCUUUAUUCCUGGAGCUUGGAUCACCAAGGCUUUCUACGAGCCAUUCCUUCAAGCUCUCACGACUGCUGGCUAUGAUGUUCGCUACGCAGGGUAUCCCUCUUUGGACCCUAAGGAUUCGGAUCCAUCCACAAUUGAUUGUCAUGCCGACACCGAGGCCAUUACUGCUGUGCUCCGUUCCCUCGUCGAGGAUGAAGGAAAAGAUGUCCUGCUCUUCAUGCACUCCUAUGCUGGCAUGCCCGGCGCCGCAGCAGCGACUGGGCUAGCUAAGUCGCAGCGGGCACAAGAAGGCAAAGUUGGCGGCGUCAUUGGAUUGCUUUUCCUAGGGGCUUUCGUCGUGCCUAAAGGUCUCAGCUGUGCCGGUCUCCAGGGCGGAAAUCUACCGCCUUGGAUUUUGCUAGAUCAACCCUCCGCGAAUCUCAAUAUAGCUGACGACCCAAUUAACAAUUUCGCCGCCGAUGUCGAUCUGGCUCUGGCACAGUCUUUGACUGCAAACCUUAAGCCGCAUGCGACGUUGUCCUUCACAUCGCCCCAGCCCCAUCCAGCCUGGGCGGACGAGGAGCUUCAGGGACGCUUGGCGUUUGUGGUCACCACGGAGGAUCGCGCCGUCCCAAAGGAGGCGCAAUUGGGCAUGAUGGUGGCCACGCAGCAGUCGUGGAUCGUCAAGGAGCUGGCGUCCAGCCAUUGUGGACCAUUUUUGAAUAGGAUCGACGAGACGGUGGCUUUGACCCGAGAGAUACUUGAUCAAUUCCUGUAAAGUAUCUAGACGCUGAACCUUUGAGUCUGUGAGGCAGGACGGAUAUAUGCUGGAGGUCUAGUAUAUUUCAGUCUAUAGCAGAUGAUUUUGGCG